AUGACUUCUCCUAAUUCCAACUUGGCAACUGCCCUUCUACUUUUACUCAGCUUUCAACUACUUUCCACCAUCUCUGAAGGUAUUGUGCCUUCUGGAGACACCUUCAGUUAUGUAAACGAAGGUGAUUUUGGAGAAUAUAUCGUCGAGUACGAUGCAGAUUAUCGUACUCUCCCCCCUUUUAGUAACCCAUUCCAGCUUUGUUUCUACAACACCACCCCUAACACAUUCACUCUCGCUCUACGUAUGGGUACUGUCCGAUCGGAGUCGCUCAUGCGUUGGGUUUGGGAAGCUAACCGGGGGAACCCAGUUGGUGAGAAAGCCACCCUCACCUUAGGUACAGAUGGAAACCUUGUCCUGGCGGAUUCCGAUGGCCGGAUUGCCUGGCAAACUAAUACCGCCAACAAGGGUGUGGUCGGUUUUCAGGUGCUCCCCACCGGUAACAUGGUACUUCAUGAUGGUACUGGCACUUUCAUAUGGCAAGCUUCGAUUCCCCAACUGAUACUCUCUUGGUGGGUCAAUCACUCCGAGCUGGUGGUGCUAGUAAGCUGGUGA